AUGCCUCGCUGGCAGAAUGAUUACAUGAGAGGAACAGGCAUGGAAAUAUUGUGUUUUGUGAAGUUGAAUCUUCUGUUGAUUGCACUGGAGGUGAGGAGUGAUAGUGACAGCGAAUCGGAGAUAGCCAUCAAUCCUGGCUGUGAAAUAAAAAUCGACAUCAACACCAGAGGAUUCUUCAUCGCAGAAUCUGCAGACGACGUGAAGAGAGCUUUAUUUUUUUGCAAGCCGUGCCACGGAGAAGUGCCAGACAUCAAACUCGUCAAGAAAUGUAGAUGCAGGAGAACUACGGUUGCUCCAGUUUACUUAAAAACUGAAAUUGUGAAAAAGAAGUUAACGGCUCACAAGAAUAAACAUUUAGUAACUGCCAAUUCCAAGUCAAGUUUGUUGAGUUCACCGAAACAGUCAGCAACAGACCGCCAUUGUGAAAAUAAUGUCAUCAAGAGACAUGCUCGAUUCCAUCUGAACAACUCAGCCGACCAACCUCUGCAGACAAUUCCGCACACUGUUGUACCAUCAACGAACAGCACUAGUGACUAUUUAAGGUCGAGAUCAGAUGACCCAGAGUUAGAUAUUGAUCACAAGGACAGAAGGAAGUUUGAUUCGACGGGCAUGUUUCACUGGUGUCCAUCACAGACGCUUUCCAAUUGCAUCAUAAGUCGUGAGAAAGCCGCUAUGACAGUUUUGUCGAACCACGUCAUUGUGUGUCUGUUUGCUGACGCCCACUCAGCUCUCAUCGGUUUGAGAAAUCUAAUCAUGCCUCUGAGAGCAAGCAAUUUUGAUUAUGAUGAGUUGAAACAUGUCGUCAUUGUUGGAGAUAAAGAUUAUAUCAAGAAAGAAUGGAAAAGUCUUUGCAACUUUCCAAGAAUUAUUAUCUUAAAUGGUUCUCCAUUGAACCGUGCCAAUUUGAGAGCUGUGAACGUCAACAUGUGCGACAUGUGCGUCAUCUUGGCAGCACGAAAUUCCAACACAGAUGACAGCACGCUAGUCGACAAAGAAGCCAUCCUCUGCAGCCUCAACAUCAAAGCCAUGACGUUCGAUGAAACAAUAGGCCUGCUGCAUUCAGUUGGUAAAGAUGGAUACCUACCAAGCGGAAACACAAUAAUUGAAGCAAACAGCUGCGCGCGCAAGUUGGGCGUGUCGUCUGGCAUCGACAUUCCAAUGAUUACAGAACUAGGAAACGAUGCCAACGUACAGUUUUUGGACCAAGAUGACGAAGACGACCCUGGAACGCCUCUUUACAUGACCCAACCCUUUGCUUGCGGGACCGCCUUUGCCGUCAGUGUGCUCGAUUCGCUCAUGAGCACGACAUAUUUUAACGACAACGCCCUUACUCUUAUACGAACGUUGAUAACUGGGGGAGCAACUCCAGAAUUGGAGCACAUUUUGGCGGAAGGCAUUGGAAUGAGAGGUGGGUAUGAAACCGCAGAGUCUUCACUUCUACGUAACAGGUGUCGAAUGGCACAGCUACCACUUGACGAAACAUCUUAUUCGGCAAUUUUUGGGUAUUCUGUUUGCGACCCUUUGAAAUAG